GCUUCGAGCUGAUUCACAAGUUUUCAGGGGGAAGAAAUGGCCACUAGAAAGUAUUAAAACAGGAGGAGGGAGGAUGUCUGCGGAGGUCGACGUGUUGCUGCAGGAGGCGAAAGAAAGCAUCGAGGCGGCCCAGAACUAUCGCAGUGAACUCCCACGUCUACAUGGACUCAACCAAGCUCGCAAACAGGUCCGGGGGAGUUCGGGUCAGGCCCGCGAGGCUCUGCGGAGGCACUUUGCGGAGCUGCAGGCGGCGGCAGGCCGGUUGCUGACGGAGCGGCUGACCGUCCUGCUGGCCGAGGUGGACGCCAUCGAGGCCGACAGCGUCAAACCGCUGGACGACUGCCAGAGCCUCAUCGAGCACGGGGUGGGCCAGGCCGACGAGCUGCUGAGGGAGGGGGAGGCAGCUCUGCGAUGUGGUCUUGGAGAAAAGGAGGACAAACUGGGCAGUUUCACAAAAAAAGCCAUGCACAUCCAACUGGACAGUCUACCAGAGGUACCAGCGUUGGUGGACGUGCCGUGUGUCUCAGCCCAGCUGGACGACUCCCUGCUUGGGCUGCUGAGGGAGCGAGUGUCCCGCCACGGAUGCGUCUCCUCGCACCCGCCCGUCCAAAUCGAAGAGCUGCAGGAGCGACCGGGCGGCAUCCUGGUCCGCUGGUGUAAGGUGGACGAGGACUUUGCAGCCGCGGAUUAUCGGCUGCAGUUCCGGCGUUCUGGCACCGGGGGGAGCCAGUACGAAGACGCCUACAUUGGUCGGGAUUGCGAGUUCCUGGUUCUCCACAUGGACCCUCACACUGAUUAUUUGUUUAGGGUGUGCGCCCGCGGGGAGGGUCGCACCGAGUGGAGCCCCUGGAGCAUCCCGCAGACAGGAUACACGACGCUGGCACCGCACGAGUGGUGUCCAGGCACUGACGGUUACAUCCUGAGCAGCAGGAGGAACAUCGCUCUGCGUAACGAGUCCUCCCAAUCGCGCUGCCCCGUCCUCUACUCCAACGCACCCACCUACUUCUGCGGACAGACACUGACCUUCAAGAUCUCUGCAGCAGGCCAGAUGGAUCGGAGGGACGCUCUGGGUGUCUGCGUGGACAACGGGAGCGGGCUGGAGUCUUUUCAGAGAGAUCAGGCUGUCUGUAUUUCCACCAACGGUGCCGUUUUCGUCAACGGUAAAGAGAUGACCAACCAGCUGCCGGCCAUCACCCUGGGCUCGGCCGUCACCUUCGACAUGGAGGUGGUCAGCCUGUUCCCCGUCAGCAACAACAACCUGAGCGAGGGCGGCAACUUCAAGCUGAGGGUGACGAUCGGCUCGGGGAACCGGGAGGUGGUGUUCGACUGGCUGGUGGAGCAGGCGGUGGACUGCCUCUUCUUCGGCUGCUCCUUCGUCCACUCCGGCUGGAAAGUGCUCGUCUUUUAAAGAGAGAGAGAGAGAGAGAGAGAGAGGGAGAGAGGGAGAGAGAGG